AUGGCGGAGAAGGUGACCUUCUGUGCUUUCCUCUUGGUCUUGCUAUCGACGUUGGCAGCGGCGAUCAGGCCGUCGGCAAGGUCAUCAACCGUGGCGAGGAGAGCCGCGCUGGAGAAUGGCCUUGGCCGGACUCCCCAGAUGGGGUGGAAUAGCUGGAAUCACUUCCACCGGAACAUAAACGAAGAGAUCAUUCGACAAAUCGCUGAUGCUAUGGUGGAUACUGGCCUAGCAAAGCUUGGAUAUGAAUAUAUCAACAUAGAUGAUUACUGGGCAGCCUAUGACAGGGAUUCCCAGGGAGUCGACUACUUGAAGUAUGAUAACUGCAACAACCAGGGAAUAAGCCCUCAGCCAAGAUAUGAUGCAAUGAGCAAAGCGCUCCUCAAUUCUGGGAGGAAUAUUUUCUUCUCCCUCUGCGAAUGGGGUGUGGAUGAUCCAGCAACAUGGGCAGGUGGUGUAGGAAACAGUUGGAGAACAACUGGUGACAUCAAGGACACUUGGGCAAGCAUGACAGCCAUCGCCGAUAAGAACGACAAGUGGGCAUCAUAUGCACGGCCCGGUGGAUGGAAUGACCCAGACAUGCUGGAAGUUGGAAAUGGGGGGAUGACAACAGAAGAGUACCGCUCCCAUUUCAGCAUAUGGGCCUUAAUGAAGGCACCUCUCUUGAUUGGUUGUGACAUCCGCUCAAUGAGCAACAAAACCAAGGAAAUCCUCAGCAAUCGAAAUGUUAUUGCAGUUAACCAAGAUGGGCUUGGAGUACAAGGGCACAAAGUGCAACAAGAUGGAGACCAAGAAGUAUGGGCUGGUCCCUUGACUGGAGGGAGAUUUGCAGUUGUUCUAUGGAACAGAGGGUCUGCUCAAGCAUCCAUUACUGCCAGCUGGUGGAGCAUUGGACUUAACGCAUCUACCGUUGUUGAUGCUCAUGAUCUGUGGACAGAUAAGAUUAUAUCAGCUGUGCGAGGAGAACUGGAGGAAACAGUGGAUUCUCAUGCUUGCAAGAUGUAUGUGUUGACACCAAAAUAG